CAAUCAGGUCUUAUACUAUCAGGACUUAUACUAUUAGACUUUAUCCUAUACUAUGCACCAAAUAUGCCCUUAUAUGGGAAAAGCUCUUUCAUAUACAUGCCAAGUAUUGUUCCAAUGUGAGGGGGUGUCAUAGAAUUAAUCAUCUUCAUCCAAUUGAGUAUUUGGUUUGCUAUAGCCUGCCAUUUCAAUUCUUAAGCAUAGAGCCAUUACAAGAUAAAGCUAGAGCCACCAUGCCUUUUGGUUUGGUCUCAGCCUGGAACAAGCGUAGGAGAAGCAAGUCUCAAGAUCAUUCAGACCCUUGGAUUUAUAAACCUGCUGAGUUUUGGCAACUUCAAGAUGAAGCACCACAACCUGCAAAAAGGAGGCAUGGAUCAUCUGUUUUCACACUCAAGGAGAUGGAAGAGGCAACAUGUUCAUUCUGUGAUGAUAAUCUGCUUGGAAAAGGAGGUUUUGGCAGGGUCUAUAGGGGCACUUUGCGGUCAGGAGAGGUUGUAGCAAUCAAGAAAAUGGAGCUGCCAGCAAUUAAAGAAUCUGAGGGGGAACGUGAAUUCCGUGUAGAAGUUGACAUAUUGAGCAGACUCGACCACCCAAAUCUUGUUUCCUUGAUAGGAUACUGUGCUGAUGGGAAGCAUAGAUUCCUAGUAUACGAAUACAUGCAUAAUGGGAACCUGCAAGAUCAUUUGAAUGGAAUCGGGGAAAGAAAAAUGGAUUGGCCUCUAAGACUCAAAGUGGCAUUGGGAGCUGCAAAAGGGCUUGCUUAUCUCCAUUCAAGUUCUUGUGUUGGAAUUCCUAUUGUUCAUAGAGAUUUCAAAUCCACCAAUGUUCUUUUAAAUGCCAAUUUUGAAGCAAAGAUAUCUGAUUUUGGGUUUGCCAAGCUAAUGCCAGAAGCACAGGAGACACAUGUGACUGCUAGAGUACUUGGUACCUUUGGCUAUUUUGACCCUGAGUAUAUAUCGAGUCUGCACAUUCGUGGUAGAAUAACUAAGAACUUCAGUAUCUUGUUUAGAUGGCUUGAAAACAAAGUUACUUUCUUCUCUCUUUUAUCUCAGGUCACAUGUUCCAUUCCACAGCCAUCAUGCAACCAAACAGCCAUUGAAAUUUUGUAG